UCCCGGGUGGGGGCGGGGCGAGGGCAGCGAACCUGGGAAGCCUAUCUGACCGCGCAGUUCGCACUGCCGGGUCUGCGGCGGGCCCCGAAAGGGACCCCCAGCCGCUCUCCUGAUGGGGCUGUGUUUUCCCUGUCCUGGGGAGACCGCGCCUCCCUCGCCGGACCUGGAAGAGAAAAGAGCAAAGCUUGCAGAGGCUGCAGAGAGAAGACAGAAGGAGGCUGCAUCUCGGGGCAUUCUGGAUGUUCGGUCUGUGGAAGAAAAGAGAAAGAAAAAGGAAAAAAUAGAAAAACAAAUGGCUGAAUCUGGGCCCCCACAAGAAGGUGGACUUAGGACUCCAUCCUGAGGAGCGGCACUUGGCACCUGGGAGGCUAACAUCCCUUCCCGUGAAGGUAACACAUGAUCCAGGACUUUGACUGGCAGAAGGCUCAGAGCAAAAAAUCCAAGUGCUGCCUGCAGGUGCGGUAACAAAAGUAAAGGUGGAGACACGCGUGGCAAAGAGUCCCCAAAGAAGCUUGUAAUCCAUACAGAUUGUCAAGGCUCAGCUGUGGAGGUGACUGGGGCAUUCCCUGAUUCCCAAGACAUCAGCAAAGUCCUUUAAUCAGCACGUACAUUGUUCUGUUCUGUCUAUAAUAUUAUUCUUGAAUAUUAAGCAGCUGGUGAUUCAGUGCCAUCUGGCACUUCCUGGGUAAGCACAGCUCUGAUACAGUACAAAUGUGUCGGGAGUAAGGGAAAAUAGUUCCCCAGGAAGAUAAUGUGUCAGGAUAAGUCAGGGAAGCUGGGUGAGAGUGUGGGACAAGCUCGAAGACCCACUCACUCAAGGAUGAAUAGAAAAAGAGGGGGUGGUAGGCUACCAAAUGCUUUGUGCCCCUGACCUUCAUUGUCCAUACAGCCUAUAAGGACGUACUUCUGAGAGCUGUGGGUUUUUUGUUUCUCUCAGCAACAAUGUUGUGAAGCAUGGGCCUGUGAUACAUAGAGGAGGUUGCACUGAGAUGACAACACGACAACAGCCCACACAGGUCAAACCAGCUGUCCCCGGCAUUCAGAAUCCCUAGAGAUGGAGCACGUAGAGUGUGAUAGAGGAACUUUGGAGUUUUCUUAAUUUUUUUCCUCUUUUUUGCUAAGAGAGAGGAUGUCAUUGAAAUGGAACCACAGGCUUUUGCCUAUGUCAGACUUACCAGAGCUUUCUGUGGCCAUGCCAGAAAAUGCAAAACAGUCUACAAAGGAAUCUAACCCAUGACUUCAGACCUUCUAGAAUCAACCACCAGGUAGAAAGAGUAUCAAGAGAGAUGUCUCAGAGAUGAAGGUUAAAUGUCCUUAUUUCAGAGUAGAGCUAGAAGAUGAUUUAUGAGAACAUGUGUGCCGGACUGGGCUUGGGUUUCCAGGCCCUGGAGGAAAGAUACGGGUCACGUGGCCCAUACCCCAAGAGCAUGCCCAGGAUGGUGAAAAACCCAGGAAACCUUGCUUGCUGGAAGGGCUGAGUGACCUCCUUUGAGUUAUUGGCUGCCACUUAAUCUAAACAAAUUUUAUAUAUGCCAGGCUUUUCCUGUAUACUCCGGAAAGUAGAUAUUUCUAUCUCCAUUUUAUAGACAAGGAAAUAGGCUCACAGAAGAGUGGUGAUUUACCAUACAACACUGUUCAAAUAUGGCGGAGCUGGGGAGGGAAAGUCUAGACUGGGUGGUGAGGAAUAUACAUGACCUAAGCUACAAAGUAUAUCUUAGAGAUGAGCAAUCCAAUGCAUUCCCCAUUUUUUUCCACAGAUGAGAAGGAGCUCUGAAAUAAUAUCAUGGCUUGCCCAAGCUGGCUUUACCCAGAUUGACUGAGUCUUAACUUUGUUGAGCCUUCAGAGGCUACUGUGUGCUAGUUACUGGGCCAAGUAUGGUCUCUAGUUUUCCAGCAAAUCUGUCACAGAUGCCACGAAUCCCCUCUGUACAGAUGAGAGAAUCCCUUCUCCCAGUAGCUGCAUGGCUUCCUCAAAGGGACAUAGAAGUACCAAGGCUGCAGCAUAUAUUUUAUUCUAAAAUCUACAUUCUUUAUACAUCUCAUGCUGAGAAAGUCUGUCUGCAAAACAUAUUCAUUAAGAAAUAACUUAGUCCCAUUCUAAUUAAUCAAAAACAAAGCUGUGCUCUAUAGAACACAAAUUGAUUAGUAUAAAGAAACAAUUAUUAUACUAAUUUGACCUAGGUCCUGAUAUUUUGGUGAGCCCAGGCAUCUCUGGUGAAGCUACCUUUGGUGAAGAUGCAAGUUCCAUUUUGCUUUCUGAGAUGCUGAAAUUAGCCUAUGGGCCCCCAUGUCUACAAGCAAAGAUGUGGGGAUCUAGAUAUCUCAAGGUGGGAACUGCUUUGUUACAUUAAUAUAAAAAAUAAUUCCCAUCGAUAUUAUAUUUGAUAAUACUUUAUACUGAGUCAAAUAAUAAGCCUCCGGGAGUUUACACAUACGUCUUUAAUUAAAAGCACAGACCAACCAUGAAGAUUGGCUUUCCAUUAAGGUUCCCAGUGAAAAUCUGUGAGUUGUUAAAGGGGUUAUGAAUCUCUUCCUACAGAAACACGAGCACUAUAAACACACAAGAGGUAAUGAGCACCAAGCUUUUCUCUCUGAGAGGGAAAAAUUACAAAAGAGAAAUGAUAGAUGGUGCUUGCUAGAAAUUUUAAUUAAACCUGUGAGUGAAAAAUUCUGAAUCAGGCCAAGGGUCAGCUGCACUCAGAUGUGACCUGCUAGAAAAGCAGAGGCGGGACCCACGUCAGGAAAUGGAGAUCCUGUGAGAACAGCCAUAAUAUCCUUGAAUUUCAUUUAAUCCAGCACUCCACAAGGUCUAGCUCUGAAGGGCCCUCUGGGAGACGCCCCCCCAGCUGAGUGAAUAACUCUGAAUACAAAGAAAUCUGCUCUUGGUUGCUUAGUGACAGUGGAGUGUAGACCCCAGCAUCUUCAGUGUGUGUGUGUGUGUGUGUGUGUGUGUGCGUGCACGCACACGCGCGUGAGCUGUCCCUUGUUUGUUGGAAGGCUGUGUACUCUGGCAGGCUGCACUGCUGCCCUUGCUGCAGUAAUUAAGUAACGAAAAGUCCUGACCAUGGAAGAUGCCAUAAUUUCUCCAAGAACUAUGAUUAAAGAAUAACCACUCUCCAUCUAAAGAUCAUAGUGCAGGUUCCCUCUCCUAUUGCUUGCUCUACCAAAAGGGCAUUUAGGGGGUGGAUCUUUUCUCAUCCAUACUUCCAUCUCUUAUAAGUUUCCUGACACUGGCCUGGUCUGUUAAUUUCUAUGGUUCUUACCCAUAGAUCUAUCUAGCUUUGGGGGCUCUCAGAAGGUCAAAUGUCCUUAAUUCAAAGGGCUUUAUCAAUCGUCAUGCCUUAAAUAAAAAACAUAAAGUACUGUGACUAUUUUUUUCCUUUGUUUCUAAACUUCACUUGCUCUCCUUAUUCCUACUUUUUGGAACUUAAGAGACUUAACGUGGUUGAUUGAAUUCAAUCUUGAAUCCAAGUUACAAUUACACUGCUUGCAAGUCAACACAUUUGAUGUGUAUGUCUCCUGUAUGGAUUAUAGUACAACAAAAACAAAAGCCACAGCUCAGAAGAAGAGAUGGUUUUAGUAUCCAUAACUCUUGUAUCUUUAAUUUUUACUACAAAUUACAGAAUCAAAGCCUUAAAUCCAAGGCCACAAUGAAUGUUUGAUGAUCAGCCGUGUGGUCACUUAGCUCACCCCUGAUCUCUGUGAUGUUUACUCUGACCUCCUGGGAAAGAUACAGUCCACCUAUAGUACCUCAUAUCUUCCUUUAGAGUAGUAGAAAUGUAGUUGGCACACAUCUGCCCAAUAUAAAGGUCGCCUACCUCGUCUCUCCUGCAGGGAGAUGAGUCAAGUCGGGAACUUAAGUGGCACAGGCACUAUGUCCUUUCAUCAUUCUUUCCUCCAUGUUUCUGCCUGGGGCACAGAGAUAUCUUAGACCAUGUGUCUGAUGGCAGAGUCUUGAGCUGGAGAAACCCUGAGUCCCUGAGGACUUGGAGGAGCAGAGUCAUCCAACCAGCACUGGACUUUGACAGUAGAGAAAUAAACAUCUAUCUUCUUUAAGUUACCAGUGUUUUGUGUGUUUCUAUUACUCACAGCCAACAAAGGAAAUUACUUUCCACAUCUUUGUUUUCAGAGUCCCUCAACUUUCAAGAAUUCUGCAUUAUGUCUCAACAAUAUCUGUUUAUUUCAGUGCAAUACAGCUGAAAAUAUUAGGCAACUCUCAUAUGCAAGACCAAGUAGUGGAGAGUCCGUACUGAGAGAAAUCAGUGAGCAACUACAACAUGAGUCUUACUCCUACAGUCCUUACUGGUGAAGAAGGAGAAGUAUAGGGUGCUUGGGAUAAGUGCAACUUAACAAAGAAACUGAAUUUAACAGGGACCCAACAUGAUGAGGAAGGAAGUUUCGUUGGAUGGCAAGACAUUAGGAAUAAUGACUAAACAAUGAGAUGUUAGGCAACGGGCAGAGAGAGGAGGUGCAUUCCAGAAAAAAGAACAGUAUUUCCAAAGACCUUUGAGAAACAACACAUGUGCUGAAAGAAGAGAAGUCCAGUAGUUGGGGCAGAGCAAGAAAGACACCAGAGGUAAGGUUAGAGGAAGUCAGGUUCCAGAACCUUCCACUUUAUUCUCCAUUGUCUCCCCAUCACUUUCUAAAAUAGGGCAAUGGACCAAAAAAAUGAGAAAGAGGACAAGAGUUCAUCAGGAAGAAAAUUCUAGGGCCUACUUUCUCACAAUUUUUCAUGUGGGUGAGGAGUUAGAAUUUACACCUACACCACAGAAUCAAAGUAUUCCCAGAUUCUCGUUCCCCCGCCCCAAAAGGAAAAACACUGAAGUGAGAAAAGACAACAUUUAAUGG